CUCCACUGACAAACAUUGCUCUAAUUUAGCAAUUCAAUACACUCCAGUCAUUACGUACUUUCUCACCAAUGCAAUGUUAUAUUUAACAUUAAAACCUGCCUUCUGCAGUUAGAGAAAGAAAGACUCGGGCACAAUUCAAAUGAACCUUUGAAAAAUAUCAUAUUUUUCAACUCCAGCGCUAAUCAUCGUUCCCCUCUUGCAUGAUGAUGCACCGUUUCCGGAGUAUAAUUAAUUGAAAUUCUCAACUUCUUUACCCUCGUAAAUGCAUUACCUCAAAACUACAAGAAACCAACAAUACUCCAAGCCUAUCCUCAAAAUUUUCUUACCAAUCAAACACCAAAAUAGUUUUUUCUCUAUCCAAACCCCAAAUGCCAACCCAACCCAAGAAUCAAAUUCCUCCAAUUUUCCGCGAAAUGCUCACUUGGAUGCACAGAGUUCCAAUGAAAUCAUUUCAUCAAAUAAGAGUAUCUGUAGCUACAUUAGAUUAGGUGACGUAGGUUCUGCUCUUAAAGUAUUCAAUAACAUGACCGUUAAGACAACAGUCAGUUGGAAUUCAAUCUUGGCUGCGUACUCUAAGAGGAGAGGGAAAAUGAAGGAAGCACAAGAACUGUUCGAUAAAAUUCCCCACCCAGAUACGGUUUCUUAUAAUAUUAUGCUGUCUUGUAUUUUACUCAAUUCUGAUGAUAUAGAAACUGCUUUUGAUUUCUUUAAUCGAUUGCCUUUUAAAGAUAUAGCUUCUUGGAAUACAAUGAUAUCGGGUUUUGUUCGUAACAAGAGAAUGAGCAACGCUCGCGAGUUGUUUUUGGUCAUGCCAGAAAAAAACGAUGUUUCUUGGAGUGCUAUGAUAUCUGGCUAUGUUGAGUGUGGGGAGUUGGAUAGAGCUGUGGAAUUGUUUGAGGUUGCGCCAGUGAAGAGUGUGGUGGCUUGGACUGCAAUGAUUAAUGGGUACAUGAAGUUUGGGAAGGUUGACUUAGCUGAGAAGUUAUUUAAAGAAAUGCCCGUGAAGAAUUUGGUCACAUGGAAUGCUAUGAUUGCAGGUUAUGUUGAGAAUUGUAGAGCUGAGGAUGGCCUGAAGCUGUUUAAAUUGAUGAAGAGGUUAAGGGUUAGGCCAAAUGCUUCAAGUUUGAGUAGUGUUUUAUUGGGUUGUAGCAAAUUGUCUGUAUUGCAGUUUGGUAGGCAAGUUCAUCAACUAGUAUGUAAGUCCCUGUUAUAUGGUGAUACAACAGCAGUGACAUCGUUGAUUAGUAUGUAUUCUAAGUGUGGGGACUUGGAAGAUGCUUGGAAGUUGUUUCUUGAGAUUCAGAGAAAAGAUGUUGUGACAUGGAAUGCGAUGAUUUCUGGUUAUGCUCAACAUGGAGCAGGUGAAAAAGCUAUCCAAUUGUUUGAUGAGAUGAAGGAUGAGGGAAUUAAGCCUGAUUGGAUCACUUUUGUUGCAGUGUUACUGGUUUGCAACCAUGCAGGAUGGGUAGAUCUUGGGAUUCAAUAUUUUGAGUCAAUGGUAAAGGAUUAUGGAAUUGAAGCCAAGCUGGAUCACUAUACUUGCAUGGUUGACCUUCUUGGUCGAGCUGGUAAGCUAGAUAAAGCUGUAGACUUGAUUAAGAAAAUACCUUUUAAACCCCAUCCUGCCAUUUUUGGAACCCUGUUGGGUGCAUGUAGAAUCCAUAAAAGAUUGGAUCUGGCUGAGUUUGCUGCCGCCAACUUGCUUAGUCUUGAUCCAACAAAUGCAGCUGGGUAUGUUCAACUUGCUAAUGUUUACGCAGCUAUGAAUAAAUGGGAUGAUGUUGCUAGGGUUAGACGAUCAAUGAAAGAAAAUAAGGUGGUAAAGAGCCCUGGAUAUAGUUGGAUUGAGGUUGGAAGUGUUGUUCAUGAGUUUAGAUCUGGUGACAGGGUGCACAAAGAGUUGGUUACUAUUCAUGAAAAACUGAGAGAGUUGGAGAAGAAAAUGAAGUUGGCAGGCUAUGUGCCGGACCUUGAGUUUGCCUUGCAUGAUGUAGGAGAAGAAUUAAAAGAGCAACUCCUGCUGUUUCACAGUGAAAAGCUGGCAAUAGCUUUUGGGAUUAUUAAAGUGCCAUUAGGUACUCCCAUUCGAGUGUUUAAAAACUUGAGAGUAUGUGGGGAUUGCCAUCGUGCCAUCAAGCACAUAUCAGCAAUAGAAAAAAGAGAAAUUAUCGUGAGAGAUACUACAAGAUUCCACCAUUUUAAGGACGGUGUUUGUUCUUGUGGUGACUAUUGGUAAGCUUACAGAAAAAAGUUUUCUUUCUAAAACAACUGUCAAGGAGUUUAUUGGCAGUGCUGAGAGGGUAAUGUGGAUUUCUGUCAAAAGUUUUUAAAAAUGAUUGUAUGAUGGU